UGACAGUUGGGGUGGGGGUGGGGGUACGGCUCCGGACGGAGAAAGUGAGUCCAGAUUUCAAUUGCCUAAAAUCCUAAAUCCAUCUUCCCACUCCCUCUCUCUCUCUCCAUAGCUUGUCUUUGACCUCUGCACUUGCGAUCUCUGCCAGCAGCUUUUUCCCUCCCUUGCAUUGCCUUUGUUAUCUGGCUUUCUUCCUGAACUUCGCAAACCCACCUUAGAUUCAGUUUUCACUAAAAUAAUUGGAACUCCAAAGCAAAUCCGGGGUAAUGGAGGGUCACGUUUCCUUGAGUUGAAAUCAUCAUUAUCGAAGAGAGAACGGAAAAAUGGCAAGAGGGGGAAUAAGGGCAAAGCUUAGCUGGAGCAAUUUGUACACAUUUGCUUGUAUAAGGCCGCCACAAGCUGCUGAGGAUAGGGGGGCCAAUCCGGGUUAUUCACGGAUCGUCCAUUGCAACCAACCCCAACACCAUGAUGUGCAACCUCUGAAGUACUGUUCGAAUUAUAUAUCGACCACAAAGUACAAUGUAUUAUCGUUCCUACCAAAGGCCAUAUUUGAGCAAUUCAGACGUGUUGCUAACCUUUACUUUCUCCUAGCUGCAAUGCUUUCGCUCACACCCGUUUCACCAUUCUCUGCGCUUAGUAUGAUAGCUCCUUUAGUCUUUGUUGUUGGUUUGAGUAUGGCUAAGGAAGCCUUGGAAGACUGGCGGAGAUUCAUUCAGGAUAUGAAAGUCAAUCUACGAAAAGCUAAGGUCCAUAAACCGGGUGGCAAUUUUGGCCCACGACCAUGGAUGAAGCUUCGUGUUGGAGACAUUGUGAAAGUCGAAAAGGAUCAGUUUUUCCCAGCAGAUUUGCUUCUCUUGUCAUCUAGUUACGGAGAUGGAAUAUGCUACGUAGAAACAAUGAACUUAGAUGGAGAGACAAACUUAAAAGUCAAAAGAGCAUUGGAGGUUACCAUGCAAUUGGAUGAUGAUGGUUCUUUCAAAGACUUCAGAGCAACCAUAAAAUGUGAAGACCCCAACCCAAAUCUUUACACUUUUGAGGGGAACCUUGAGUACGAACGUCAAACGUAUCCCCUUGACCCUACUCAAAUUCUCCUCAGAGAUUCAAAGCUGAGGAACACAGCUUUUAUAUAUGGAGUGGUUAUAUUUACUGGUUUUGAUAGCAAAGUCAUGCAGAACUCUACUAAGUCGCCCUCAAAGAGGAGCCGGAUAGAAGAACAAAUGGACAAAAUUAUUUACAUCCUUUUUACUCUCCUUCUGUUGAUCUCCUCAAUUAGCUCAAUUGGCUUUGCUGUGAAGGUGAAGUUCCAGAUGCCAGACUGGUGGUAUUUACACCCUCGGGACGAUGGAAAUGUUUUCUAUAACACGUACAGACCUGCAUUGUCUGGGAUUUUUCAUCUAGUUACUGCUCUAAUAUUAUAUGGAUAUUUAAUACCCAUUUCUCUAUACGUCUCUAUUGAAAUUGUCAAGGUGUUACAAGCACUGUUCAUGAAUCGGGACAUUCAUAUGUAUGAUGAAGAGUCUGGAACUCCUGCUCAAGCGAGAACGUCAAAUUUAAAUGAGGAGUUAGGACAGGUUAACACAAUCCUCUCUGACAAAACUGGUACUUUGACAUGCAACCAAAUGGAUUUCCUCAAAUGCUCCAUCGCUGGAACUGCAUAUGGAAAGCGUGCUAGUGACAUCGAACUUGCAGCUGCAAAGCAAAUGGCUAUGGAGUUCAAUGAGUUGGACCCUGAAAGAAAACCUAACGGAUCAGAAAUUGAAUUAGAGACAGUUACUGCUGGUAAAGAAGAAGAAGACAAAAAACUUCAUAUCAAGGGAUUUAACUUCCAGGAUAGCCGGCUCAUGAAUGGAAAUUGGUUAAAUGAAUCAAAUGCAGAUAUCAUAUUGCUAUUCUUCAGAGUGCUGUCAAUCUGUCACACAGCAAUUCCUGAAGUAAAUGAAGAGACUGGUAGCUUCAAUUAUGAAGCAGAGUCACCGGAUGAAGCGUCAUUUCUUGUUGCAGCCAGAGAAUUUGGGUUUGAGUUCUGUAAAAGAACUCAGUCAAUCAUAGCUGUUCGUGAGAGAUAUCCUUCUUAUAUAAAUCCCAUUGAAAGAGAAUACAAAGUUCUUAAUCUGUUGGACUUCACAAGCAAGAGGAAGAGAAUGUCUGUUAUUGUUCAGGACGGGAAUGGCCAGAUUUUACUCUUUUGCAAAGGAGCUGACAGCAUCAUAUUUGAUAGAUUAGCAAGAAAUGGGAGGAUAUUUGAGGAAGCCACAACCAAGCAUUUGAAUGAUUAUGGGGAAGCUGGGUUACGUACACUUGCAAUUGCAUACAAAAGGCUUGAUGAAGCAGAGUAUUCUGCUUGGAAUGAAGAGUUUGCCAAAGCAAAGACUUCAUUGGGAAGUGACAGGGAAGCGAUGCUUGAACGUUUAUCUGAUGUGAUGGAAAGGGAUCUGUUUCUUCUUGGUGCAACUGCUGUAGAGGAUAAACUGCAGAAAGGAGUUCCUCAAUGCAUUGACAAAUUGGCACAAGCCGGUUUAAAGAUCUGGGUUCUGACUGGUGAUAAGAUGGAAACUGCAAUCAACAUAGGAUUCGCUUGUAGUUUGCUUCGACAAGGGAUGAAGCAAAUAUGCAUAUUGCCAAACGCAGGUGCAGCAACAAAUGACACAAAUGAGGCUGUCAAAGAGAGUAUUUUGAUGCAAAUCACAAAUGGCUCUCAAAUGGUAAAACUUGAGAAGGACCCACUUGCUGCAUUUGCAUUGAUAAUUGAUGGAAAGGCUCUAUCAUACGCUUUGGAGGAUGACAUGAAGCAUCAGUUUUUGGACUUGGCUGUUCACUGUGCAUCUGUUAUUUGCUGCCGUGUCUCUCCAAAACAGAAAGCUUUGGUGACAAGGUUAGUAAAAGAGGGUACCGGAAGAACUACCUUAGCAAUUGGAGAUGGUGCAAAUGAUGUUGGAAUGAUUCAGGAAGCUGACAUUGGCGUUGGGAUCAGUGGUGCAGAAGGAAUGCAAGCAGUUAUGGCUAGUGACUUUGCUAUUGCACAGUUCCGUUUUCUGGAGAGACUUCUUGUUGUGCAUGGUCACUGGUGCUACAAACGUAUUGCUCAGAUGAUAUGCUAUUUCUUCUACAAGAAUAUAGCAUUCGGCCUCACACUCUUUUACUACGAAGCUUUUACUGGCUUUUCUGGGCAGUCUAUGUACGACGAUCUGUAUAUGUUACUCUUCAAUGUGGUUCUAACAUCCUUGCCUGUCAUUUCACUUGGAGUCUUCGAGCAGGACGUGUCUUCUGAAGUCUGUUUACAGACUCGCUACUUUACUCAUUCAAUCAAAAUGCAUUAUUAUGCAGUUUCCGGCACUUUACCAGCAAGGACCAAAGAAUCUGUUCUUUAAUUGGAAUAGAAUAUUUGGAUGGAUGGGGAAUGCUUUUUACGCCUCAGUCAUCAUCUUUUUCCUUAAUCUAAUCAUUUUCUAUGAUCAAGCCUUCCGAUCGGGAGGCCAGACUGCUGACCUCACUGCCAUGGGGACCGCUAUGUUUACUUGUGUCGUGUGGGCCGUCAACUGCCAGGUGGCGUUAGCUAUGAGCCAUUUCACUUGGAUUCAACACAUUUUUAUCUGGGGAAGCAUCGCCACCUGGUACGUAUUUCUCCUGUUCUAUGGCUCGUUAUCACCGGACAUCUCUAAAAAUGCCUAUCAAGUCCUUGUGGAAGCUCUUGCCCCAUCACCGAUUUACUGGUUGGCCACUAUUUUGGUUACGGUGACGUGUAACCUUCCGUACCUGGCCCACAUAUCUUUCCAACGGGCGUUCAAACCGAUGGAUCAUCACAUCAUUCAAGAAAUCAAGUACUACAAGAAAGACAUUGAGGAUCGGCAUAUGUGGACAAGAGAGAGGUCGAAAGCCCGAGAGAGGACAAAGAUUGGGUUUACAGCUAGGGUAGAUGCAAAGAUUAGGCAGUUGAAAGGUAAAUUGCAGAAAAAGUAUUCGGCUACAGCUAUGGCUACAAGAACAGAUAUUUCAUAAUGCUUCUGCACUUUUUUUGCUGCUGAUGUAUAAAUUAGGAUUUUUGUUGUUUCUGGCAAUUUUUAUAGUUCACUUGUAACAUUGUUCUGUCCAGUAUAGUGGGGAGGUGCAUUAGGCUUGCGAUUAUACUUAUUGGAGUAAUACAAAGGCGCUGUUGUAUGUAUCAUUAUAUUUUUUAUUCGGAAAGUAUUUAUGAUUUUGCUAAAAAAGAAACUUUAUUCAAAAUGA